UGUGUUCUUAAUCCCAAACAGGUUAGAAACUGUCAGUCUGUUGAUGGUGACUCUUGGUGCUUCUUCUUAGCUUGGAUUACGACGAUUGGGUUGAACUGUGAAACUCCUGCCGUCUUUCCCCUUCAUAGACUGCUGUAAACCACAGAGGCAUCACAGGCUGUGGCGGCAUGAUUGUUGUGGAAGCACCAUAUGCAGAGACUAGACUAAGAAGAUCAUCACCACACGGUGGCCGUCAGAACCAAAAGUGCAAGAUUCAGUCUAGGUGGAAAAUAAUGGCGCCCUCCAUCAAUAGUGGACAAGCUAGUGGUACAAGCAAGAGAUCUCAUAACAAUGAAAGCAUCGAAGGCGCACAAAAUUCCAUUGAUGUGCCCAGCACUAAACCUUCAGAAGCUGGCAGUAAAUCGCCUUCUGUGGAGGAGGCUUUAAAAGGACUCAACUUCAUCAGCAAAAAAUCCACCAAAUGGGUUGAGAUUGAGAAGAAAUUUAAUGGUUUGACAUCUUCUACUAAUGGUUCACUACAUCGUUCUCAAUUCGCUGAAUGCAUAGGGAUGGACACUAAAUCAAAUGAGUUUGCACUUGAGCUUUUCGACGCUCUCGCUAGGAGGAGAAAAAUAACAGCAGAUUCCAUAAACAAGGAUGAGUUCAAAGAAUUCUGGGAGCAGAUUUCUGCUAAAGACUUCAAUUCUAGGCUUCGGAUUUUCUUUGACAUGGUUGACAAGGAUGCUAAUGGGAGACUUGAUGUAGAUGAAGUUCGACAGAUUAUCAAAUACAGCGCAUCUGCAAACAAGCUCUCAAAUAUUAACGGACGUGCCCAAGAAUAUGCUACCAUGAUCAUGGAAGAACUCGAUGAAGAAAAGUUGGGUUACAUCAUGAUUGACAAGUUGGAGAUGCUAUUCAGGAAGCAAGAUGGUAAACAAAGCCCAAUCGAGGAACAUAAACCAACCAAAGACACUGGCCGAGUUAGUGAAUUGCUUAAUAAGACUAAGUACUACCUCAUAGAUAACUGGGAAAGAAUUUGGGUUCUCGUCCUUUGGAUUGGAAUCAUGGUUGGUCUUUUCACCUACAAGUUCAUUCAGUAUCGGAACAAAGCUGUCUACGACAUCAUGGGUUACUGUGUUUGCACGGCCAAGGGAUCCGCGGAAACCCUUAAGUUCAACAUGGCAUUGAUCUUACUACCAGUCUGCCGCAACACCAUCACUUGGCUCAGAAACAAGACAAAGCUUGGCGCUUUCGUCCCUUUUGACAACAGCAUUACAUUCCACAAGAUAAUUGCAAUUGGAAUCGGGAUUGGUGUUGCAGUACAUGCAUUAGCUCACUUAACGUGUGAUUUCCCUCGUCUCCUUCAUGCGUCAGAAAAAGAGUACGAGCCAAUGAAGCCAUACUUUGGAGAAGAUCAACCUGAAAACUACUGGUGGUUUCUGAAGGGAGUGGAAGGCGUAACAGGGAUCAUAAUGGUGGUUUUGAUGGCAAUAGCAUUCACAUUAGCCACACCAAAGCUAAGACUUAAAAAAGACAGUGGAUUCAAUAUGUUCUGGUAUUCCCAUCACUUGUUCGUCAUAGUUUACACUCUUCUCAUUGUUCAUGGAAUCAAAACCUAUCUCUCCAAAGACUGGUACACAAAAUCGACAUGGAUGUACUUGGCAGUGCCAAUAACUCUUUAUACUUGCGAGAGAUUGCUUAGAUCAUUUAGAUCGCGCGUUAAGUCGGUUAAAAUACUUGAGUUCAAUGAGUAUCCCGACGUAAUGGCAAUACACAUGUCAAAACCAGAGGGCUUCGAAUACAAGAGUGGAGAAUACAUGUUUGUUAAAUGCCCUGCUGUUUCUCCCUUUGAAUGGCAUCCAUUCUCCAUUACUUCGUCUCCAGCAGAGGAUCGCUUAAGUGUCCACAUUCGAGCUGUUGGAGACUGGACAAAAGAACUCAAAGCCAUAUUAUCUGAGGCUUCAAAAGAAGAGAAAAGUCUAUCUGUAGAAGCAACUGGAGGAAGCAACACCCAGUUCCCAAGGGUAGUAAUCGACGGUCCUUAUGGUGCACCAGCUCAAGACUACAAGGAUUUUGAGGUAGUAUUGUUGGUAGGAUUAGGAAUUGGAGCCACCCCAAUGAUCAGCAUUAUAAAAGACAUUGUGCACAACAUGAAACCCAAGGAUCUUGAAGGUGGGAAAUCAACUACUAAUAGGAAUAGCUUCAAGACGAAGCGGGCAUACUUUUACUGGGUUACAAAUGAUCAAGGUUCUUUCGAAUGGUUCAAAGACGUGAUGGAUAAAGUAUCUAAGAUGGAUAUUAAUGGAAUCAUAGAACUUCAUAAUCAUUGCACAAGCAUUUUUGAAGAAGAUGAUGCUAGGUCUGCUCUAAUUGCAUCGUUACAGUCGCUCAACCACGCCAAAACUGGCAUUGACAUUGUUUCUGGUACGCAUGUCAAGUCUUAUUUUGGAAGGCCCAAUUGGCGCGACAUUUACAAGACAAUCGCUCACAAUCACAGCGGCGAACGAGUGGGGGUAUUCUAUUGUGGAGCACCAGGACCAGCAGCAACUCUACGUCAGUUAGCACUGGAUUUCUCUCAUGAAACAUCAACCAAAUUCGAUUUCCGUAAAGAAAACUUCUGAUGGGAUGUAUGAAAUAAUAUGCAUUUUGGAUAUACAGUAAGAACACAUAUGGAUCAAAUCAUCAAAAUGAAGAAUACGAACGUGAACUCUGUUUACCCUUAAGAAUGUGUCAGCUGUUUUAGUA